CCAGGGCGGCGUCCCCAGAGGCAGCUGGAGGAUGGAUGAGGCCGGAAGGCUGGAACUCGCCGAGGAUUAAGGCUUCUGCGGGCGUCGGCGGGCGCUGUCGAAAUCCUCGCUGGCAGGAAUUCGGCUUCCAGGUCCCUGGAGAGGCUGGGCGCCCCCAGGAAGUGGAAAUAAUGAGGUUCUGCUUCUUAGCCGUGACCGUGCUCAGCGUGGUGAUUUUUGUGACGUUUUACAAUGGCCAAGUGAGGCUGCCCAAGAGCCCCUGGGCACAGGACAGGUCCCGAGAGCAGGACAGCGUGGCCGAGGCCUGCGUCGAUGCCCUGCAGGGCAAGCCCGCCUUUUUGUGGGGGAGGCCGCCCCCGUCCCUGCUGGACAGCCUCUCCUGCGCGGACUACCUCGCCCAGGGCCACUACGUGUCCACCCCGCUGUCCGCCGAGGAGGCCGCCUUCCCGCUGGCCUACGCCAUGGUGGUGCACAAGGACUUCGGCACCUUCGAGCGGCUCUUCAGGGCCGUGUACGCGCCCCAGAACGUGUACUGCGUGCACGUGGACCGCAAGGCGGACCCCGACUUCCAGCGGGCCGUGGAGCGGCUGCUGCGCUGCUUCCCCAACGCCUUCGCCGCCUCGCGGAGGGAGUCCGUGGUGUACGGGGGUGUGUCGCGGCUGCAGGCCGACCUGCACUGCCUGGCGGACCUGGCGGGCUCGGCCGUGCCCUGGAGGUACGUGCUCAACACCUGCGGACAGGACUUCCCGCUGAGGACCAACCUGGAGAUCGUGCGCUACCUGAAGAGGUUCCGGGGGCGCAACAUCACCCCGGGGGUGCUGCCCCCCUUGCACGCGGUGCCCAGGACCAGGUACGUGCACCGGGAGCACCUGGCCCAGGAGGCCUCCUACGUGAUCCGGACGGCGGCGCUCAAGGCGCCUGCGCCGCACAACCUGACCAUCUACUUCGGUUCGGCGUAUGUGGCGCUGACCAGGCCCUUCGUGGACUUUGUCCUGCACGACCCGAGGGCCGUGGACCUGCUGCGGUGGUCGCGGGACACCUUCAGCCCCGACGAGCACUUCUGGGUGACGCUGAACCGCAUCCCAGGUGUCCCCGGCGCCAUGCCCAACGCUUCCUGGGACGGCAACCUCAGGGCCAUCAAGUGGAACGACAUGGAGGACAAGCACGGGGGCUGUCACGGUCACUACGUCCAUGGCAUCUGCAUCUACGGAAACGGAGACCUGAAGUGGCUGAUGGACUCGGACAGCCUGUUUGCCAACAAGUUUGAGCUAUCCACCUACCCGCUCACGGUGGAGUGUCUGGAGCUGCGGCUGCGGGAGCGCAGCCUGAACCAGAGCGAGGUGGCCGUCCAGCCCAGCUGGCGCUUCUGAUGCCGCCGGGCCGCAGGGGCCGCGGGCCGUCAUGCGUGCUCGCCAGCCCCGCUCCCGCAGAGGUGCCUCCUCGGGCAGCAGACAGCACGU